UCGAAGCAACGGCAGGAACUGGGUGUCACCCCCAAUUUGCCGCCUCUGUUUUGCGGAGGUUCCUACCAUCCUCCAUUGCGAAUGCUUACUUACUGAGGCAUCUUCUUCCACUUCGUUUGUUCUUCCCGCCUCGAUUUCACCCCCGAUCGCCAAUUCUAGGGUCCCGAUUCCGCCUCGAUCGCUCGAUCCUUCGCCAUGGGGACGGGCUGCAAGUCAGCGUUGCACCAUCUGCACAGGGACAAGGCCAGGAACCGGGUGGACGACCUCCAGUCCGCCAUCAAGGAUUGCCGCGCCGCCGACGUCGCUGUCCUCGAGGAGCAGGUCUACCAGAGGCUCCGCGAGUGUUGGGCCGAGCUCAACCAGCCUUCACCCACCACCUCCCUGCAGACGCUCCGUCUGUUGCAGCUGAGCGAGGAGGAGGAUGAUGCGACGAGCAAGCUGGCCGAGUUGGCGUUCGGGAACACACCAAAGCCCGAGCUAGUGGAAUUGCAACAAGCUGAUGUUGGAGCCGCGCAAGGUGGACGGGCUGCCAACUUUCAAGAGGAAUACUAUGUGAAUCAGAAUGUAGUUGGGCAGAAGCUCCCAUAUGCUGACCACUAAGAGAGCAAACUCCAGACAGGGCCAGAUAACGUGACUUGCCAUGAAGGGGUCAAUCAUUAUAAUUAUCAGCAAUACAAUAUGCUUCAAGAACUGCCCCAUGAUCUUUAUGUUGAUGUCGAUCCUACUGAGUAGAAUGGCCGAAAUGUGUUUCCCUAUAUGUCAUAUGUGCUGCCAGCUAUUUGCCCUCCGCCUUCUGCAUUUUUAAGGCCAAAGUGUGCUCUUUGGGAUUGUCCAAGGCCUGCUCAGGGCUCAGAAUGGUGCCGAGACUAUUGUAGCAGCUUCCAUACCACUCUAGCGAUUAAUGAAGAUAUGCCAGGUAUGACGCUGGUGCUUCGCCCUGGAGGCAUCGAUUUGAAGGAUGGUCCACUUUUUACUGCUCUUAGCGCAAAAAUACAAGGAAAAAUUGUUGGCAUUCCAGUAUGUGAAGGUGCAAGGUCACCAUGGAAUGCUUCAGGUAUGGGUGUACUCCAUCUUCAGUGACAUUUAAAUACUGCUCAUUUGUCAAUAAUUUCUAGCCAGCUAGUUCACCCAUUUGAAAACUCUACUGUGUGGUAUGUAUGGUUGUGUCUACUUUUCUCCUUUUCUUCUUUUGAUGAACUUAGGAUUGCCAGGAAUUUUUGUUUUAUGCUGCAGAGCUAUUGAUCUUUGUGUUCUUGAAGACGAAUCACUAAGAGAAUGGCUUUUUUUUUGACAAGCCAAGGAGGGCAUUUGAGAGGGGGAACUGGAAGCAAAGUUCAUUGCCAGAUUAUAAUGGCCGUGGUUGGCAUGAAUCUAGGUAGCAAGUAUUGAAGGAAUAUGGGUGGUUCAAAAGAUCCUACUACAUGGAUCCUCAACCGCUAACUCACUAUGAGUGACAUCUGUAUGAAUAUUAGAUCAAUGAUUCUGAAGCCUUUGCAUUAUAUAGACUAGAAUUCAAGCUCAUUGAUCUAAAGAAAAGUGGCAAGGCUUAGUUGACCAGUAAUUCACUAGUGGAUCUGCAACCGCGGAUGGGAAGGCUCAAAGCAGAGAACAGUGUGGAUUAUAAGAAGAAUACCAAGAGCAGGACAAAAGCAAAUCAGAAAGACAGUGCUGGAGACUUCUAUGUAGCUUCAGACGUGGCUGAUCAAAAGGACAAUACUCCAAAUAUUUUCCGUGCUCUGAUCCAGAUAGCUUCUCUAGAUGAGAACUCUGCCUAUGAGCAAUAUGCUUGUACGGUCAAUAGCUUGAAUGACUGUUAUGGAAAAUAGGAGAAUGUUAGCAACCACUUGAAACUGCUGCAUUCAGACACGUAAUCAGCAUUUUCUCACUCAUUUCUGGUAACGAGUUGUUUUGCUUCAAUUUACAGCAUACAGCCUAGCUGUUUGAUGCAGCUAAUUAGUCACAGCCUUCUGACUCUGUUUUUUUGGUACUUUAUAAUACAAGUCUGCAGUAUUGAGGAUCAGCAAGUGUUAGAAAAAAAGAAUCAUUUUGAAGCACAGCAGCUUGAUCAUUCUGAAAGUUACAGUAUGUUGCCGACUGUAAUUAUGUCAAUUGGCUUGACAGUAGAGCAUCUCUGUUUUUGGGAUGCAUCUUUUAACUGGAAGGACAACUAACUAGUUAUUGCAUGGCUUUUUGGAAUGGGAGAUGAGAAAUUGUAUGCUUCUCUCGGUCUCCAUGGUGCAGUGUUUUCCUGAGAUUUUGAAAAAGCUUAAUUUGUUAGUGGUUCUAGUCAUCUAAAUCUCAAAUCUUUUUGCACUAAAGGCUUGCUGGCGCAGGCUAAAGCCUGUUUGAACCCUUUUUUCUGCAUCUGAAAGCCGCUGUUGUGAUUUUGAGGUUACACCCUGAUAUAUCAGUAUUUUGUUGGUUGCAGUACUAUAUAGUUAUACAGGAUGAAGACAGAUGAUACAGCUAUUCUGUUGUGAAUUACUUGGAGGACAGUGUGUUUUGUUCAUUCUGAACGUAUAUUGCCUGUCAGAGUGUGUAAAAUUGAAAAGCAGUGAAAUCUGAUUGUGAGAUAACAGUCCUCAAAAUGUAGUCCUCAUGUUUCAGAAAUGUUGUUCCUCA